UUGAAGCUUUAUUUUAACACGCUUGUGAUUAGUAUUGUGCGGUGUGAUGUAAAAUACAGAAUAGGUUGAAUAAACUGGGAUUAGUGUGACUGAGUGCGUCAGUGUGUGAAGGUAAAUAGGCCUGCUGCUGAAGGGGAUGAAGUGGUUCUCUAGAAGGUGGGCAGAAUUCGGUGUGAAAGCGACACUCCUCUGUUUUGCGUCUGGUGGUCGGUGUAGCUUCUCCUUCUCCUUCUCCUUCUCCUCCUCCUCUUCCUCACAAAGGCGGAGUGUACAGCACGUGUUGCAGCUCAGGACCCGCUACUACAGUACAGUGAUGGCUGAGGAGGCGAAGAAACUAGCCGCGUAUGCUGCUGUUGACAGCCAUAUCCAGAACAACCAAGUGGUUGGUGUGGGGAGUGGCUCUACUAUAGUCUAUGCUGUGGACAGACUGGCUGAGAGAAUAAGGCAGGAGAAGCUGAACAUUGUGUGUGUCCCUACAUCUUUUCAGGCUCGUCAGCUAAUUUUGAAGCACAGCCUCUGUCUUUCAGAUCUAGACAGACAUCCAGAUCUGGAUGUAGCAAUUGAUGGUGCUGAUGAGGUGGAUGCUUCACUUACUCUUAUUAAAGGAGGCGGAGGAUGCUUGACUCAGGAGAAAAUUGUAGCUGGCUGUGCCAAACACUUCAUUGUGAUUGCUGAUUACAGGAAGGACUCAAAAGCUCUGGGGCAGCAGUGGAAGAAGGGUGUGCCAGUCGAAGUCAUCCCCAUGGCAUAUGUGCCAGUGUCUAGAGCCCUCACCCGCCGCUUCGGAGGGGAAGCUGUGCUAAGAAUGGCCGUCAGUAAAGCGGGUCCUGUGGUGACUGACAACAGCAACUUUAUUCUGGACUGGAAGUUUGAGAAGGAGCAAGACUGGAAAGAGGUCAACACAGCCAUCAAAAUGAUCCCAGGUGUGGUAGAGACCGGUCUAUUUGUGGGCAUGGCUGAGAAGGUUUACUUUGGCAUGGAAGAUGGAAGUGUGAAGGUCAGAGAUGCUCCUGUAAACUGAACUACGAGUGGGAGAGAAAGCCUGGGCAUUUUCGGUACAAAAUGCAGCCUUGACACCUCAAGUGCUAGCGGAGUACAAAACUACUCCUGUUGUGCCGUCUAGAAUCACUAGAUUAUUUUGAUCUUGUGAAGGUUGGUGUAAAUUUUCACUUGAUCUGUCAUGAGGUCACCAGCUCUGUGAUCACUUUAUUUUCCUUAAUUUUUCUAUGAUUGUUAAUUUUCUUUGGCCACCACAGAUUAAACUUAGUUUAGAACUAGACCAGUAUUAUCCACUGAUGUAUCUUAGCGUCUAUGUCUGGGGAAAGCACAUGUUCAGCUCAUUUACAGUUGUCCUUCAUACAUGUCCCCCCACUCUGUGCCUCAUGCAUCUUCCUGUUUCUCGUAGUUAUUGUCUCGUAAAGCAUGACAGACAUUUAAUAUACAACAAAUCAAAACUGCAGUUCAAUACACUUUAAGCUCCAUUUACUUACUUAUUCAGCUGUUUUUAUUGUUCACUUUUUCCUACCUAGCAUUAAUGCAAUUCUUUGGACAAAAAACAUUCCCUCUUUAUUUCCCAGAAGUGCAUACAAAUCCUGUAUAAAAAUUCUGACAUUGCUCUCAGAUUUGUGUAUCUGACAUCAGCUGUCUUACUUUGUAUAUGAAUCACAAGCCAAUAAACAGAGGGUUAGAUUUGUAUAAUAUUAAUAAUGUGCCUGUAGUGACAGGCUAAUGUCAGGAAUUUAAAAAAGCACUUCAAUAAUUUUACCCAUCAUGCCUUACGUUUGACACAUUUCUGAUGCGGGUAAUGUGAAAUUAGAAUAACAUAUUACACACCAGCUUUAUUUUGAGGUUUUUGCACCAAUACAACUGUGACCUUUUUGAUUUGAUCAGUAAAUGACAUUGUGUUGUGUACUGGACUAAAGAACAAUAUUACCGUAUAUUAAAAGAGGACCAAUGACCAA